AUGAGAGAAGAAAUGUCAUUAGGACGACAAGAGGCUUUUGAAAUCUUCAAGAGAGACCACGCUGACAGCAUCACCAUCGAAGACAACAAACAGAUUUUGAAGCAGAGAUUUUCUGAAGCGAAGGCCCUGGGAGAAAGUAUAAAUGAAACAAGAAAUAAAAUUGGACACAAACAAGAGGCUAGUCCCAGGCACGUUUUGCAUGGUGCACUGGGCAUCGCAGAAAACACAGCCGUGCCUUCGAUACCAGACUUGCUGGAAGAGAAGCUUCGAUCCCAGCUGGAGGAAGAAAAGAGAAGGUAUAAGAUAAUGUUCACCCGCCUGAAGGCCCUGAAGGUGGAGAUCGAGCACUUGCAGCUGCUCAUGGACAAGGCCAAGGUGAAGCUGCAGAAAGAGUUUGAAGCCUGGUGGACAGAGGAAGCCACCAGCCUGCAGGUAAACUCGCCAGCAAUGAACUCACUCACUUACAUGAAACCCUUUCCCCAGACGCCUGAGUCCCAGCAGGAGAGGCCUCAGCUUGUCUCUAACAAAAGCAAAGUGAACGCCAGGAAAAUCUUGCCCUUGCCUUACCACACCCCACAGAGCCGGGAGCACAACAGCACCAGCAGCCCCCUGGAAGACAGCAUCCCUAAGAGGCCAGCAUCAUCUGUCCCUCUCACCGGGGACAGCCAGACGGACUCGGACAUCCUGGCAUUCAUCAAGGCCAGACAGAGCAUUCUACAGAAGAAAUGUUUUCAGUAGGUGUCCAGCCAUACAUUGUGGCUGCAGGAACAGAGUACGGAUGAAGGAAG